GUACGAGUUACUUGGAAUUUCCCCAUCAACCGACAUCCGUUCAAAACUAACACCGAUCGGGCCCUGUCAAUUAUUCUUGUCUAUUUUUUGUUUGGAGAGUAAUCCAUUUGAUACAGAUGGGGAAGUUAGAAUCCAAGAACGUAGAAGAUCUUCAACUUACAGUUCCGUUCAAGCCGUUUGCGAUUGUGACUGUGUCUUUACCAGCAUUUUCAUUGCUGUAUUGUUUUCUGCAUGGUAUAAUUUUUCGGUUUAAUGACGUCAACGAAACCGUUUGUAAGGCAUCUAAUGUAGUACCUUCCAUCAGUGCUGUCACUGGGAUCACCCCAGGAGCGUACCUCUGGAGAAUCUGUAUAGGACUACAUGCCACACCCAGGUUUGCUGUGGGCUUCAUGCAGUACAACUAUUACAUGGCCAGAAUAUCCUAUGUACAGAAAGGAUUUCGACCUCUUUUUAAGAAAUUACUCGGCCUCAAUUUCUGGUUAUACAUUAUUGAGAAUUCCUGCUUAGUGGGAGUGACAUAUAUCUCCAACAAGGAAAACUAUCCCGUUCAUGAAAAGAUAUUUGUGGUGUUUAUGGUAACCAGUUGCUGUUACAUGUUACUGAACACACUCAUCUUCAAAUGGACCAGAACAGACAUUCUAACACCAACAGAGAAACAAUCCCUGAAGAUCAAGUGGAUAAUGUUCGCAUGUAUAAUGACAGCUACAACUGGCCUUUUAACUGCUUUUGUGUUACACAGAGUGUACUGUGUUCCAUACGCAUUUAGUUUUUUCUCUGCAUUUGAGUAUGUGAUAGCAUACUCCAACAUGGGAUACCACGUCAGUGCAUACUUAGAAUUUAAACACAAGUCCUUAAUAGCAGCAGACUUCAUCUCAACCUCUGUACUAACCAAUGGAAAUGUUCCAGAUGCUUCAGAUUCUGAUAACAUCACUCAGAAUAUAGACAGUGUCACUCAGGAUUUAGAUGAUGACAUGGGCGUGAGAAGAAGUUUAAGGGUCAGGAAGAAGGGAGCGGGGGAAAAUGUCCAGUGAUGAUAAAGCAGUUUCCUGAAGUUUAAUUUCUUUCACAAAUUUGUGCAAUCAUACAAAAUGUCCACAUCUGGUCUCUUUAUCUUUAUGUGUGUGUUGUUAUAUUCCAUGAACAUAUUAUUCUGCAAAUUUAUCAAAUUGAUGUCAUCAAAUGUGAAGUAAUUGACAUGUUGCAGCAUGCUAAGAAUGACUUUGUAGCAGAUUUACCGGGUCACUUCUACGAGGAUUAUUACUGGCUUCAAUGUUUUUAAUUUAUUUUAAUUAAGAACGUUUCCUGUUAUACAUGUACUAAAUGAUUUUUAUCAUUCAACAAAUGUCAGGCAAUUGAUAAUACAUAUUAGUAUCUAGUAAUCUGAUCCAUUUUUGCUAUGUUAGUUUAAGAAUUGUCAUAGAUUUACAAAAUAAGAUAAAACAAGUAGUACUCGUCUUUGUCAGAAAUGCAAUGGUUUUAAAAGUGGCAAUCUAGAAAGAUCUUGGUACUCUCGCUCAAUUUGCAUUUACAUUUAUUGUAAUGGGAGAAGAUAUUGCAACAUGUUUGAUUAUUACACAUACUGCAGAUAUUUAAAUCAUUGUCCUGUGGAUAGGGUGAAUAGCUAGUAAAGCAGUGUACAUACAUGUAUGCAUUACUACAGUGAUAGAUUACAGUCAUUGGUGUCUUUGUAACUUGUCGUUAACUUCACUUAUUGUAAUAUAUCAUUACAAUGUGGAGUUUUCAGAUGAAUUACAAUUAAUAAGUUAACUUUGUGUACAUGUAUUAAGUCAUUUACUUGCCUCAACUUGAUGUUAUAAAGUAUUGGUACAGGAGGAGAUAUUACAUGUUUAGUGACAUAAUAUUAUACAAUUAUUGACCUUUGUUUUGGUCAAUAUGAUGACUAAGUUACCUGAGAAGUACAAUAUUGUACUUCAAGGUUAGGUAAAUCAUUGUAUUGACUAAGAAAAUGUCAACAAUUGUUUUCUUAUAUGAUUGAAUAAUUUUAUAUAAAAUAUCGAAUCUUAGUACUCAGGUGCAUACAAAUUUAUACCUGGGUGGCCAUUUUUGUUUACAGCGAAAGUGCAAGACUUAAUCAAAAUGAUUAAAAAGUUUUUAUUGGACAACCAAUUAAUGAUAACCAAUUGCAUAUCAAUUUGGGAAUUCCUAAUUUAUUUUGGUCUUAUUUUGGAAAAAUAAGAUGUUGUGUUCACCUUGAUGGUACACUGAGAUGAAUAAAUGGUCUAAUUUUUUCUAGUUUGUUGGAUCUCAACCAAUCAGAAAACUCGGAGUUAUUCAAUCAUAUACACUAUAAUUAUAAUAAGUAUUAUUACUGCCCUAUCAGAACACUAUGAACUUUUUUGCACACUGUAAACACUUUUGCAUUAUUUGUGCAUGUAUGUAUGUUGUAACAUUGCAUCUUUCUGUGCAGCAGUAAAAGAUAAAAACUGUGAUCGAGAGUUUAUUUCUAGCACAUAAUCACACUGUAGUAGUAUAAAGUAUGUGUCUGAUAUAAAAUGUUUUAUAUUACCAUUUUUUUUAAAAACAGCAUCAUGACAUAUUGGAUUUAUAUAAAAUGACUCUCAGAGACUGGUUAUGCUAACCAAAUGCUUUUUAAUUUUUUUUUAAAUUGUUACUGACCAAUUCUUGAAGCAUACUGUUAAUUUGACAUUUGGUAAUAUAAUAAAAGAUGCAUUCUGCAAUGUAAUGUGUUGUAUGAGAGUGCCAAAUCGUUAUGCAUACAUGUACAUGUAGCAGCCAUUUCAGUGCAAUGCUAAGUGAAAGUGUCACACUGUUUUGAAAAGGGCAAUGUUCACUGUGAUGUCAAUAUUUGUGGUGUUUCAGUAGUUCAACAUUUCAUGGUUACAUAUACUUCAAUUUGUAUCCUCUACAAAUUAUGUGAACUUUUUGGAGCAUUGUUAUAUUCAAACCUCGGUAAACAUGCUGCAUGUGAUCCACAUGUACAUCCCCCCAACUUGUGUCCAAACUACAAAAAUUGGCUGUAAAUGAUUGUGCUGUAUUGCCUCUUCAGUUGUUGAAAACUUGAUAUUGUUCACAGAAUACUUGUAAUUUUAGGUACUGGUAUGUAGUAUAUAGGCAAUUAUCAACUCCUAAUUGCAAAAUUUGUCUUUACUCGGAGUAGUUACUGUAUUGAGAUGCUUUUUAUUCAAAGGGGGUUGGGUUGUUUUGUGUUAUAUUUUUUAUUAUUAUUGUGAAUGGCAAACUUGAUAUUCUUCUUAUUGAUGAAAACGAAUGGAUUUAAGGAAGAUUUUUAUGUAGUAGGGACUGCAAUAUCCGAGGACAACUAUCGGGUUGUUAUCAUUAUGAUAGAGCUACAGUUCUGCAAUUUCCUUUGUUGAAAAGUGUUUUUAGUUUGUUUUGAAAUAGAUUCAUCAUUUAGACAUAAUACACAUAUAUUUUGUAAAUCUAAACACCAAUUCUUAUGGUAGUGACCUAAUGCUACAUCAUAAAGUAUCUUGCAUUUAUUUUCACUCUGUUCUCAUUCCCUUAGAAUUCUGUAUUAAUAUCUAAUAGUAGUUAGACUCUUUGAUUUGCUCACUUACUUGUACAUCACUUCUACACUAAGCAGAGAUGUACAUUUAGUAUUUCUGUAAGUAAAAGUCUUGGUUAUUAUUUCUGUGAUCCAUAUAUACCUCAGAAAAUAUCAGGUAUAAAACAAAGUCAACAGUAAAAUUUUAAAAAGUGUUAGAAUUUUUUGGUUGUUGAAAUUAUGAUUAAGUAAAAGUAUCCUACAGUAGAAAGUCUUGCUGGUUGGAGUGAGAUUCACAUGUAAAUGAAGAAGUCAAAAGUCUAGCUAUAGUGAAAUCUACAUUUGUUUGUGAAAGUGUCAAAGGUCUUCAUGUGUACAAUUAGGACUCCACCAUUCCGGUUCAGCAUCCUUUAACUUUUUUUACUUCAUGUAUAUGUGAUUCGCAUGUGUGAAUGUAUAUAUGUAUAAAUGGUUACUGUCAUUUGAAUUAAAUUAUAAUGGACAGUAAAUAUGUACAUACUGAUGCAUACACUCAAAUUUAUAGUACCUAUAUGUGAUAUUACAGGUAUCUAUACAUGUAUAUUGUUGCAAUAUAUCUACAUGUAUAUAUAGAAUAUUAGUGUAUGUAAAUUAUUCAGAAGUAUAUUUAUAAAAUGCAUAAAAAAUAUAUGCCUGACCUAUUCUACAGAGCAUAAUAUAAUUAGAUAUGUGUACAUGCAUUGUAUACUGUUAAUUAGAAAUAUUUGAAAUAGUAUUAGUAGCUAGAGUAUACAUGUAUAAGAUAGGAAAAAGGAAAUGUAACAAAAUUGUUUUUGAAAAUAGAACUAUACAUAGGAAAUUUACAUUUCUUUCAAUGUUUGCAUGUAAUCAAAACAUGGCUAGACACAGAAAAUUAUCACAGUGAACUAAAAUAAUAAGUACACCCGUUGUAGUAAUAGAGCAAAGAUUUUUGGAAAGAAAAAAAAAAUAAAGCAUAGCAUUCUUAAUUUGAAAUAAAAAUUAUGAUAUCUGCAUCUAGUCCCUCCUGAAUAAAACAAUUAUCUUACACACUUGUAAUUCAAAAAUAGCGGACUGGUAGAUAUGCAGGUUUUAAUGAAUUGCAUAUCAUUUUAUUUGAUCUUUUUUUGUAUAAUCCUGUAUAGUCUACUGAAUGUGUUCAUUUACGUGUACCUUUAUCUUAUUCAUUUCCUUUUCAUGUAGAUAUUUACAUUGGUGUUUUUGAAACGUGCAGUAAUGAUUUUUUGUGAUGCUUCUACUGGAAUACAAUGUACAUGUAUUUACAUGCAGUACAUUUGUUUGUGUUUUAAGCAGAGUAUAAUGUCAAUGCUUAAAGUGAAAAUACAUGUAACUAACCUAAAGUCUGACUCACCUAGCUCAUUCACAGAUAAUUCUUCGAAGUUUGAAAACUUAACAGAAAUUCUAUAUGUGCCAAUGGUCAAUGUAAUGGUGUACAAUACUUGCUGUUUUUAAUGUUUAAUGUACUAUAAAAAUAAUAUUCCGGCCCAAAUCAUCCUUACUUGGGCUUAGGUCUAAUUGACACUGUUCAGCUACAAGUAUUAGGUCACCUGAGUCACUCAGGUAACCUGUUGCUAUUGGUCUGUGUCCGUUGUGAGACGUGCAUCAUGUUUUAACAACUGAAUAUUUUUAACUUCUUCCUGAUAACCACCAUUCUGAUUGUUUUCAAAUUUGGCAGGAGACGUCUUUGGGCAUAAGGGGGACAUAAAUUAUAAAUUUCAAAACCUGCCAAAAAUUUACCAAUUUUCAAAACUUGUUCUUCUCUACAACUGCACAUCUGUAAGAAAAACUAAAUUCAUAAUCAUGUAGAACAGGAAGGCCUCUACCAAAUCUGUAAAUUUCAUGAUCCCUGGGGUAGAGGUUCUGAUUUCAGGGUAGGGACAAUAUUACAGUGUUAUUGUAACGUAUAUCAUGUAGUCGUUCAUCAGUAUAUGCUCUUUUGGGGACAUUUGUGUUUUAAGAACACAUCUUAUCUUGUUUUAUACAGCUGCUGAAUAUUGAAAUUCAAUAACAUGGAUAUGUAGAACACAAAAAUUACUGUAGAUUUCAUAGCCCCUGGGGCUAGUGAUACUUUUAACUAAUACUCAGGUGACCAAUAAGGCCUGUGGGUCUCUUGUUUGAAUUUGUCAAGUGAAGCUGAAUUAAUGUUGGAAGAAAGCCAAAAAUUGAAUUCUCAUUUUGCACAAUGCAAAAAAAAAAACCAUUUGAUUUUUUGGCAUGUAUGUUAUAUUUUUAUCUGCCCUGACAUUUUCUAUUACUGUAACAGUCAAAAAUAUAUGGGAGUUAUGAAUGUUAAAUUUACCAAGAUCCAGUGUACAUUUAAGAAAUAAAUUUCGUUUUGAAAAUACAUAAGGGUAUGAACUGUUACACAUUUCUGUUGAAAUUCGCCGCUGUUAAAAUAGAUGUACUAUAUUCAUCAAGAUUCAUACGCACAUUGUUUACAACUGCAGCGCAUUCAUGAGGAAAUGGCUAUCAUUGAAACUAUCAAAGACAAAAAUAUAUUGGGAUGUUUGAAUAUGUAAAUGAAGGGAAAUGUUCACAUUUUUAGUAGUCAGGGGUCUGCAUGCAUAUUAAAAUGUGCUGAAUAAUGAACAACUCUCAGUUACCUUACAUUGCUUGAUCACUAAUGUUUUAAUAUAAUUUACAAGAAGAAUUUGUUAUAUAUCACAUUUUUUAAUGUUUAGAAAUCAUGAUUGGUGCAGCUCCUUUAAAAUGAUACUUAAGUUUUUUUGGUAUUUGUUUCCGAGGAUAAAAUAAGGAUCUGUCGGUCAAUAUUGUCACCAAGGCAAAGUCACUAUCUGUUUCAUGUACAUGUAAAUUCUUAUACCAACCAUCUUAAAUGAUACCUACAUUCCAACAUGAUUAUCCAAAGCAAAUCGAAAUAUCUAAUGCCAUUUUUUGGUCAAUCAAUUGGCACACGACCUCCUAGCUGCAAUAAUGUAGCCCUAUCCAAUUUUUUUUAUUCUGACGUUUUCUCCCAAAAAAAAAAAAACAAAAAAAAAAAAAAAAAAAUCAGAGAGGGCUACAUUAUUGCAGCCAACAACCUCCCAAUGCCAAAACAUUUAACACUCGAUCAUCAUGAUAAUGCCAUAUACAUGUAUUCUAACCAAAUAAGAAAGCAGUCAUGACAAUUUCAUGGGAGUAUAUAGCUUAUAAUUAAUCCAGUUAACAAUCCAAACCUUUAAUAAAAAGUGUUAAGACUCCUAUUUUUAUGCAUGACAAAAUCCUAUUUUACUGCAAACAGUUUGUGCAGCACAAUUACUGUAUUUUUUUUAUGGUGUUUUUUGUUUUGAGAAAAUUCAUAAUUUUACCAGUAAUUCAAUGUAUACAUUUUAUUUGAUUACAAUGGGUUUUAAUUUCAAAGUAUCUACACUGUUGAAUAAUUUUGGUCAAUUAUGUAUUUUUUUUUUAACAAAUGCUGUAGAUUCACUCAUUUUCUCGGGGAAUCAAUAUAUUUGUUGUUUUGAGGGCUAUAAUUUCCUCUUCAAACAGGUGAAUAACCACAUCUCUUCAACCACAAUAAAAACAGGCAACUGUAUUUCAAAUUUCCAUUCUGAAGAUUUAUUUUAUCAACAUGUAUUUGAUAAAGUGAAUGACAUGUAUGAUGAAUGUUGAAAAUUGUUGUAAAUCACAUAAACUGUUAUUUCUAAUGCACCAA